UCCCCACUAUUGUUACUUAUUGUGUUUUUAUCUCCCCAGCCCAGAUCGAAGUGAUCCCGUGUAAGAUUUGUGGAGAUAAGUCAUCGGGGAUCCACUAUGGUGUCAUUACCUGCGAGGGAUGUAAGGGAUUCUUCCGGCGGAGCCAGCAGGGAAAGCCGAUUUACUCAUGUAGUCAACAGCAAAGCUGCCACAUUGAUCGUUCCAGCCGGAACCGUUGCCAACACUGCCGGUUGCAGAAAUGCAUAGCACUGGGCAUGUCACGGGAAGCCGUGAAAUUUGGGCGCAUGUCGAAGAAGCAGCGGGAUCUUUUGCAAGCUGAGGUGAAGAUACAGCUGAUGAAAGAGCAACAAAUGCAGCUUCCCUCUAUUCCCUUCAGUGCUGAUACCCAAGGAGACAAAACUGCUCUUCCCUCAUCUUCUGAGCGGCCACCAUCCUUUGUAUCUGUCUCAUGGACUGGGCACAGCAAAUGGGACACCUCCUGUUCAGCUCGGCCAUGCCCAGUGCCCAAAACUCAUCCUUCAGUCCAGAAUCACCACCCAGAGAAGCUUCCGACAGAGAUGGGGAGCCGGAAGUCCUAUUUUAGGGACCACCAGACUUACCUAGAGCACUCGAGGCUAAACAUCAUUCAAAGACUUCCUCCCUCUAUCCAGAGUCCAGAAUGUUAUGGGAGCCCAAACUUUUCCAGCUGUCUUCUUUCAGACCGUUUGAUUUCUACUGUAGAGUUAGACCUCCUCAUGCAGAAUGUUGUAUGUGCCCACCGAGAGACGUGUAAGUUUCACCAGGAGAAUCUACAAGUGAUGAGGUGGGAAGCAUUUAGCCCAGCUGAAAUACAAAGUUUCCAACAGAAGACAAUGGACGAGAUGUGGGAACGCUGUGUGUGUCACAUCACCGAUGCCAUCCAGUAUAUUGUAGAGUUUGCCAAACGUCUUAAUGGCUUCAUGGAACUGAAUCCCAAUGACCAGAUCGUUCUUCUAAAAGCUGGGGCUAUGGAGUUGCUCCUUAUUAGAAUGAGUUGUGCUUUCAACUGCUACAACAGCACCAUAUAUUUUGAAGGCAAAUAUGCUCCUCUGGAUCUUUUCCAAUCACUAGGCUGCAAUGACCUCAUUAGUGCCAUGUUUGACCUGUGCCAUUCUUUGUGUGAUCUGAAUCUAACUGAACAUGAAAUGGCCUUCUUCAGCUCCAUGGUUCUCCUGGAUCCAAGCCAGCCCUGGCUACAAGAGAAAGAGAAGGUAGAAAAUCUCCACGUGAAGCUAGAACUGUCCUUCAGACAAUUGCUGAGGAGGACUCAUCGAGAAUCUAUUCUUUGCAAGCUUCCACAAAAAGGGAGACUGCUCAGCAUCUGUCAGCUGCAUAUGGAGAAGCUGAAUAUUUUCCGGCACAUGUAUCCCGGCAUCGCAUGGGAGAGAUUCCCCCCUCUUUACAAAGAGUUGUUUGUUUCCGAGACAGAGAACCCUUGAAACACAAUGGAGACCUGGAUUGCUCUCUUUGCUCCUUUAGAAAAUGAGUCAUUUCGCUCUCCACCAUUUUUUUAGGGCAUUCUGUUUUGUUAAUGUUAAAGAGGAACAAAGGAACCAGGAUUCUCCUAUAAUGAACCUUCAUGCUUGAUAUCAUAUGAAAGUGCACAAGUGAAUAUAAACAAACUGAACCAAUCACAUGUAUAAUAUUCUCGCUUAAGCGGUCCUUUUCUUGUUGCAGUAGAACUAUAGUCAGGGACAGCAGAAUAAGCAAACUGCAUUCCAACUGGUGCUUUUACUUUUAUAACCUGCAUUCUUUGGCAUUUGGCCUUGCAUAACUAUAGGGCUGCUUUACUACCCACCAUCCCUUCAUCUUUAUGCCUCUUAGGUUAUAACCUCACUUUAAUUGCAGGUUCUUCUGCUUCAACUCUACUUUCCUCCUAAGGGUCUGCAGUGUGGGCCUUCUCUUCCAAGCCUUGGCAAAGAAUAACCUGGAUAGUAAGCGUUGACUGUAACUUAGAUAUUUUAGGUUUUUGUUUGUGGCAUUGUACAUGUAAUAUUAAUCGUGGAUGUACUUAACCCACUGUUAAUAAGCUAUAUUGUUUUUCUGUCUUCCUUAAUUUCUAUAAUAAACCCCAUGAUGACCAU